AUGGAUUUUCCAGAAGUAGAUCAAAAACUAUUAGAAGAUCAAUCGGACAAUCAUCGUGUAGUUAAACCCACUUUCACAAAAUCCUUAUCCACAUCUCGUGAAUAUCUUAGAAUAUUGAAUAAAAAUUCUUACAACCAUCAAAAAUCAAAAUCUGUUCCAUCCAUUAUUUAUUCACCACUACAGACGUCAUUAAACAAAAACGUUUUAGAAACAACAACAACAACAACAACAAAAGAACCAAAUUGUUUUUCUUAUCAACAACAUUAUGAUUCUACAAUUCACGCGUCCAAUAAUUAUUACAAUUCAUUUGAUAAUAAUAAAUCAGUGUUAGAUAAUUGUUGUGUUCAUCUACCAAUGGGUUUUUUUCGAUCAAAACAGUCUCGAACUGUUGACCAUAAUGAUAAUUCAACAACGUCCGAAUCAACUGUUAUAACAAAUAUCAAAACAAAAUUAUCCGAUCCUAUUUGCCAAGCAAAAGUUGUACGCAUUCGAUUGAUUUUCUUUAGAAUUGGUGAAAUUGACACAUUAAACGAAAAAUAUCAAGCUGAAGCGUAUAUUGAAGCCAGAUGGACAGAUACAACAAUAAUAACGAGUUCUCUAAAUUUAACACCUCAACAACAGCAACAAUUAGCCGAAGGAAAAUCAGUUCGAAUUGCUGAUCUAAAUUCUAAUACAUAUUGGUCACCAGAAUUAUUUAUUGAAAAUGCAAUUGGACAAAUAGGCGAACAAGUAAAAUGGUUUACAAUUAAAAAAAUUGAUCAAGUUUCAACAUCUCCACUAACAACAAUGUCAAUGAUGUUAACUUUAGAAAUAUGUGAACAUCGUCGAAUUAACGGUGUAUUUUGGGAAAAAUUAGAAUUAAAUCAUUUUCCAGCUGAUGUACAAGAUUUAACAAUAUCAUUGACAACUCAUCAUUAUAUUGAACAUAUUAUAUUAAAACAAGAUGAAAAUUUACCAUCGGGAAUUAAUCGUGAAGCAUUUGUUGAUCAACAAGAAUGGAAUUUAUAUGAACAUGUUGCUACAGUUGGACGAGAAACAAAAGAAGAAUAUUCAUUUGAAGAAGAAUCAUUAGAACAAAAAAAACAUCCCGUUUUCUCUGUUACAUGUCGAGCGGCACGUCGACCGGGCUACUAUUAUUGGAACGGAUUUUGUCUUAUAUUUUUAAUUACUGUUUGUGCAUUUUGUAUUUUCGCCAUACCACCAAAUCUUCCUCAAAAUCGUUUACAAAUAACGUGUACUCUAUUGUUAACAUCCGUAACAUUUCGCUGGGUUGUCAAUCGUUCACUGCCGACAAUAUCCUAUUUAACAACGUUAGAUAAAUAUGCUAUUGUUUCAAUAAUUAUUCUUGUUUUACUGUGUGUUUGGCAUUCUGUAAUUGGUGCUGUUACAUUUUUGACAAAAAGAUUUGAUUCUAACAUAUCACCUGCGGAUCCAUGCGUCUUAAUUGAUCGUUAUGUAUUCAUUGCAUUAUUUAUUAUCUACUGUACCAUUCAUGUGGCACUUGUUAUUUGGCUAUUUAGUGUACCGUAUGGACGACGACGAGAAAUGGAACGUCUUGAUCGUGAAUACGUGGCAAAAUUAAAAAAUAAAUUUAAAAUUGUGGCUAAUAGCGUUAAAGUAGCUAAUCAAAUUACUCAACAAAUUAGAAGACAAUCAAAUGCACUGAAUACAUCAUCGAAUAGUCUAUCGACAAGUGGUGGUAGUACAUCGGGUACCGUUAUUCCAUCAAGAUCACGUGGCCCCAUUCGUUCACCAAUAACAUCGCCAAAGAUCUCAGGCUGUCAAUCUUAUAAUCAAAAUCAAGAUUCUAUUAUAAUGCCAAAUCACACAAUUGUACCAAUGAAAGAUUCAAUGCAACCAAUUCAAGAAAAUAUUCUUCAAGAACAAGAUGAUGCUUACUAUGAUCAUCAUAACGAUAUUAAUGAUGAAAUUAAAAAUACUAGGGUUCGAUCUAUUAAACAACCAGUUUCGUUACAAAAUUCACACACAUUAGCUGAUAGAAUAUAG